AUGCUUUGCAAUUUCCUGGCAUUUUUGUUCGCCAUUUUACUUGGAAAAAUGUUUUGUGCGAGCUGUGGAGCUGGUUUGAAAUCUUUUUCAAAAUUUUGCCCUUUUUGUGGACAAAAGGUAGAAAACGACUCUAGUGCAAGUGAAACAGAUAAAGGUGCAACAAAAUGCUUGAGCUUCAAAAACUAUGCUGCAAAGAAAAGCGAAGAGAGGUCGACUCAUUUUCGAUCAAGUGGCUCCAAGAGAAGAGGGCAGAAGAGGAAAGAAGAAGAUCCCUUAGCGUUAAUUAAUAUACGCGUGAUGCGGUUUGUUGGCCCAGAUGUGACAGCUCCGAUCCGUGGAAAGACAUUGGCCUUGAAAGUAAGAAAGGAUUGUGGAUAUGCAGAAGUCUUUACAGAGGCCUUGGUGAAACGCCAAGCUCAUGACCAGGCAUUUGACUCGAAGACAAGCUGGAAACUGGUUUACCCAGAUGGACAACUGGCCAUGAAUCUUCCAGGUCAGCAAGAAGAAGAAUUCACUCUGCGAAACUACAAGGAAGAUUUAGGUAAACCUUACAACAGAAUUACUUUGUACCUGUGCCCAGAGGAACCGGAAGACGAGUUUAUACUGGAUAGUGAAACUGAGACGGAGCCUGAUACUCAGGGUGUUAGGUAAGAUAUUAAGUCACUCUCAUCUAUUUAUGCCCCUGGGUUUUUUGGGCCCUAAGAACAAGAAGAGGAGGAAGAGGAAAUUAUACGAGAGGGGAAAUUAAAUUAGCUUUUAUUUGGACACUUCACUCUUUUUGGAACGUCAAAAGCUAUAUCCUUUUUCAAUAUAUUUUUCAGAAGCUUAAGCUUACAUUAUUUCAGUUUAACAUACUCUUAUCUUCAUCAUGAAUAUUUAGUGGGAUGCUAUACUAGAUAAUUACUAUUAGGUGUGUUUAUUGACAAAAUCUGACUUAACUUUCAUUUAGAAAAACUUAAGAGUUUGGUUUACCGUAGUUGCAUAAUACAGAAGGAAAACCCCAGAUUGUAUAUCAGAGGCCUUACAAUCAAUUUAAAAAUACAAAUUAAUGAAAUUUCGAAUUUGCUGUUUAUCAGGAAAAAAUUCCGAUCAGAAGAGUGCAAAACUACACCUGACCAUCAACUUCCAUUUCAGCAAAGGUAGGCAUUAGGCUAAACAAGAAACUGACUUGCCUUAUUCUACUGUUGACCUGUAGUUUUAGAAGAAAUCAUCUUUCGUUUAAAAGUGAACUGGAUGUAAAACAUCCACCACAGUUCAAUUUGUAAUAAUACUCAUUGCCUUUAAAUUCUUUUGUAGUGCAUUUCCAAAAACACAAACACACCCUGCAACAUCUGAUGUUGAUGUUAGUUUCAGUAGUGAUGCAGAUCAUCUUACCACUCAACAAAGGUAAACAUUACACUGAACAAGAAAACAUUAACCUGGCUUUCACCAAAGUUAAACCUUAGGCAAAAUUAGGGAGUGCUGGAGACUGUCAUUUCACUUCAGUUUUAGCCAUGGUAUUAAGAUAGUUAAUGUGAUGUUUGAAACUGAAUUAGCAGUAAAACACACACCACAAGAUGGUACAAGAAUUCACAUAGCGUGUUAUCUUUUUACAGUACAGGUAAUGCCUCAUCUGUUCGUGUUCCUCACACAUAUGCACAUUCUGUAACAUGUGAUGAUGGUCCUAGUUCCACCAGUGAUGCAGAUCUGCUUUAUGCCUCCUUAAUCCCUGGCACUUUGCUAUACAGUAGUGAUUCUGAAGGAGAAAAUGUCGCUGUGGCAGUAGAUGAUCCUCAAGAGUUUCAAACAAAGACGAGCUGGUCAUUACAAGAGAUACUAGAACAACUAGCUCUUAAGAUUAAUGAAGAUAAGAUAUCAAAAUUUAAUAUAAGUCGUAGUCAUCUUUGGGAACGAGCUUUAAAGGGGCUUAGAAGAAAAUCUUUUUCUCCAGAUAACAAGGUUUCAGUUAAGUUUACUGAUGAUUCUGGAACUUCUGAGGGUGCAAUUGACUUAGGGGGACCAAAAAGAGAAUUUUUUACCCUGGUCCUGGAUUGGAUUGUUAACUCACAGUUAUUUUGUGGUCCAGAAAAAAAAAAAUUUUUGUCAUGCAAUGCUAACUAUUUGGGAAAUGAUUACUUUUUUUAUGCUGGUGAGUUCAUUGCUAUGUCCAUAGUUCAUGGUGGUCCUGGACCAAGAUGCUUUGGUCCUCCCUUGUAUGAUGCAUUGACAAAAGGAGUUACACAAGCAAACGUCUGUCUUGACGAUCUUUAUGAUUUUGACCUCAGAAAUUCUCUGCAGGCUCUAAAGAAUACCACAUCUGUUCAAGAGGCUCAAAAGCUAAUGUCAGAUCAUAAUCUAGAAACAGUCUUAGAGCUUGCAGGUACCCUCCAGAUAUUAAGAAAACAGGAAGACAUUUUAAAUCUUGUUGACAAGACUGCUCAUUGGUUUGUAAUUAAGAGGGUCCAUGCAGCAUUUGAGCAAUUUAAAGGAGGGCUUUCCCAACUAGGUGUCCUUGAAGCUAUGACAGAAAAUUACGAGAAAUUUAAAGAGGUUUUCUGUUAUUCUGAAGUAACACUAACUGCAGAAUUAUUUGGCUGUCUUUUUUCUGUCCAUUAUAGUGAAACUGGUUCAAAUAAUCGCCAACUUGAAGGGCUAGUGUUGUCCCGGUGGAAUGAUUUUUUACAAGAUGUUGAAGAAAAAAACAGUAGAAUUGACUUUUAG